AUGGGGCCCAAGAGCAAGACGAAGAUACCAGAAGUGGAGAUUAAGAUCGACAAGGAGACGUACUUAUCCAUUGUGUACGAGGCUGCACGCAAGCUGCGCUUGAACAUCAUCCGGAAGCCUAUAUCUGCUGAAGAGAUGGACUACAUUGAUUACCUCCCUCCCGGGGCAGAUUCUAGCAUAAAAGAAGCUGCAAUAAUGUUCAACCUGGAAAGUGCGUACGAAAAAGACAAGCACUUCUCUCCAGACAUAGUUCGACGCCACACCCUCGGCGCACUUUCGGUAUAUCAGAUCCAAGCUCAAUUUCAGGCAGUCAUUGAUGGAGACCUGACGUCGCUUGAUAACCUGUACCCGACAGUGAAGCCCAAGCGGGUAUGUGACAAUUACUUGCUGACAGACAAAAGGAAGACGCCAGACCCGGGUGUCAUCUACCGGCCGUGGUCCAGUGAGAGCCCCGACCCCUAUAUAGCCCUAGUAUACGGAUACGAAACCGGGCCCGGGGUGUUCAAAGACGCCUGGGUUUACGAUCCCUGUUUCCUGCAAGCUUUCCAGAGCCCCGCAGAUGCCUUUGAGCGGGCCAUUCAGAAUCUCGGGCGCAUAACCGUGGGCCAAUUCAAGAUCUGCGUCGAGCCGUCCUUGAAGGCGGUGACGUCACACUGGGGGGAGUACAAGGGGACGAACUGCCGGGCUGUGCGCUUCGGGCAACCUCCAAGUGCGGUCUUCGUCACUUUCUUCGGAGACCACCGAGACUGCCCUCGGUUCCUCAUCCCAGAAGUCGUCAAGUUGUUCGCGGAGGGGCUGAACUGUGACUUAGAAAGUGUGGUUGUGGUUCUGUGGUCUGGUCAGCAGGUCCACGUGGCGUCAGCGAGGGACCAGAAGGCAAUGUACACUCCUGGACGGAUGCAGCACCUGAUGAAGUUUCAGACGGAGGCUGCUGCCUACAACGACCGGAUCUGCGCCACGCCUUUCCAGGUCAAGGGACUGUCCAGCGAUGAGUCCCUGGUGGAGUGGAAGCCCUACCCGCUGUAUGGCAAGAUGGAGGCUCUCAGGGUGCCACGUGGCGGCGAGCCAGGGUCGACGCGUGUCCUAUAUCCUGUCCCGAGGACCGAGGCCGAGGCGCGGAAGCUGGAGCGACUUGGAGACAAGAUCCCCGUUGUUACAGAACUCUCGUUACCUCAGUGCGCCAAGUGUGGGAAGAAGGACGAAGAUCUUCUCCGAUGUGCGAAGUGCAAAAAGGAACGGUACUGCUCCCGGGACUGUCAGAUCAAGCAUUGGGCGGCUGGACACAAGAAAGUCUGUGCACCGUGA